UCGCCAUUUUAUCUAAACCAAACUUUCUUUUUUAUCCUGAACAUGGCUACUUUCUUUGGUUCCCCACCGUUUUUCUCCCUCCCCCUAACUAAAACACAUCACAUUUCUUCAUUAUCACAAACACAGCCACCAACACCUCCAUCAAAUCCUCCCCCACAGCCUCAGCCCCCAGCUUCGUCUCCACAGUUAAGAACAAAUUUGAAUGAAGAGUCAGUGCAAGCAUCUACUAAAGCACAGCAACAGAAGCCCAUCAAACCUGUCACUUCAUCAACUAAGGUUGAAUCCACAGAUUGGAUAUCCACCUCCUUGACCAGACGGUUUGGGCUAGGAGCUGGUCUUGCAUGGUUUGGUUUUCUUGCAUUCGGUGUCAUCUCAGAACAAAUUAAGACUCGCCUUGAGGUUUCUCAGCAAGAGGCAAAUACAAGGAACGUGGAGAAGAAGGAAGAGGUGGUGCUCCCUAAUGGCAUAAGGUACUAUGAGUUGAAAGUUGGUGGUGGGGCUUCGCCAAGGCCAGGUGACUUGGUUGUGAUUGAUAUUAUGGGAAAAGUUGAAAGCAGUGGAGAAGUGUUUGUGGACACAUUUGAGGGAGACAAGAAACCAUUGGCUCUAGUAAUGGGGUCAAGGCCAUAUAGUAAGGGAGUGUGUGAAGGGAUAGAAUAUGUUCUUAAAACUAUGAAGGCAGGAGGUAAGAGGAAGGUAAUUGUCCCUCCCAACUUGGGGUUUGGUGAUAAUGGUGCUGAUUUAGGCACUGGUGUGGAAAUUCCCCCACUUGCAACACUUGAAUACAUUGUAGAGAUUGAAAAAGUUUCCAUUGCACCCGCUUGAUGGAUUAAAUGCAACAAAUUAUUUGACCAAAUCAACUUUUCCUCAAGUGAUAAGCAUUGUUGAUAAUUCCUUGGUCCAAAUUGCAGGCUGCUCUGUAUUUACCAUAUAAAAUUAUCCAUUUCUUUUACUAUUU